AUGGCGCCAGCUGAAAUCGGCCGGCAUAUUACGGAUACCUAUCGCUUACGGCUAGUGACAGCCGGACAUUUCCGCCCACAGCGGGCAAGCAGUCCUCAACAAAUCCACCAUAUCACAUGGCCAAAAAACAUCCGGAUAAGCACAAAUCACCGAAGUACACGCCUCACCCUCAUCAUGCCCGAUCCUGAUGAUGGCAGCCCCUCAGUGGACAGCCCAUCACCGGCACCCGUCCCAAAUGACAACGCGACAACAACAACCACAUCAACCCCCAGGGUCGCGUCGCCAAAGGGCACGAGGAGACGUGCUCCAAACCGAACAGUUGACGGUGGUCCACCCGCCUGUGUCAAGUGUCAUGGAUUCAAGAUGCGCUGCAUCCGCCAACCAGAUCAAAAAGAUUGCAACCGAUGUAUCAAUGCCAAAAUUGAGUGUGUUCCCCGCGAGCCUGGCUCGGUAGGAAGGCCACGACUGCCUCGGCCGCCCGGGUGGACGAGGAGUCACUACAAAAAAGGCCGGCGACUUGGCGAUCAACUUGUGCAAUCAACCUCACAAGCGGCUGAAGACCUUGAUCCAGAAUCAUCCUCACCUUCAAAUUCAACCGAGGCCACACCCCCAGAACCAACAAGCCCAGCCAAGAGCUCAGCACCAGCUCGAUAUGGUGGUCCCAUCAUCGGACUAGCAGGCUACAACGCUCUCUUGCCCAGCUUUGACGACCUCCCCCAUGACAGCCCGGCCGCUACCGCCAACGCUCGUGGGAGUAUCUACACAGAAAGCACCUUCAGAGCCCCUCAACAACCACAACCGCCGCUUCACCCAUUGUUCCGUUCAACUCAGACCCCUCCUGAACCCCAACCCUCACCUCAACCUCGACAACAACAACCUACCGCUUACGCACCAGCAGACCAAGACCCAAUAGAACAACUCGCCCGCCUCCAGCUACAAAUCUACCAACACCACACCCUAGCCAAGAAGAACGAGCCCUCCAUAAGAAAAGACGGCAACAAACCAACCGGCACUGAACCACUCGACACAUCCUGGAUCAACCCCCUCUUUCAAUCAGCCUCCCUUUUCCACACCAUCCUCUCUUCCUUUGCCGCAUCUCCGCCUGAUACAGCAACCUUUUUGAUGAUAAUCUCAAUCUACACCCGCUUCUUGCAAACGUUUGACCUUUUGGCGGAUUGUAUACAACGCUACAUAUGGUGGCACGGCAUCUGUGGCUCGCCUAUGGUGCAAGAUGACAAGUAUUUUAUCAGCGGGCUGAGCGAUUCGGUGGUUGUUACGAUAGGGGGGGUGGAGGUGCCGCGGAGUGUGAAGGGGAGUAAGGUGGCGCUUAUAGACACGACGAGGGCGGCACAUUACUUGACUUUUGGACUGAUGGAGAAAAUUAGGGGGGUGUUAGAUGGGUGGGUGGGAGGGGAGGAUAUGGUCGUGAAGAAGGGGGCGAUGGAGGGGGUGGGGAGGUUGGAGGAGAAGGUGAGGGAGAAUUUUGUGCGGACUAGAUGGAGGAAGAUGCCGGAGCGAGGGUGA